AGACUGGUUGACUUAUAGCAGGGCUCUUUAGUUUCAUAUUAUCGCUUUAGUAAGUCGGAUUGUACUGUGAAGACCAGAUUUAUAAAAAAUCAACCAAGUGAACUAGUAAUUACAGUUUUGCAAGAUUGAAAUUAUAUAUCGCACAUAUGAUGAAAUAUCUGAUGUUCAAUGAUGAAAAUAAAAUGAACAAUAGUAUCAAUCCCAUCGAACAUUUUCAACUGUACCGUGAACAUAGUGUGUGAACAGCUGCAACUGCUAUAACUAGAGCAUUUCAUCCAAUGAGUUCGUGAUCUACAAAGUGACUUCCAGCAUACUACAGUGCCGAAGAAAUGAAAUUAAUCAUAUUCAUCUGUAUGCUGAAACUGAUGGUUCCGACUGAAGCCUCGACAGAUAGUGCCGAAUGCAAAGACGUAGCGUGUCCCAAACCAGAAAUUUGCCCAGAUGAUAGCAGUUUGAAGCUAGUCACAAAACAUCAUUCUCAUCAUUAUCAUCAACUUAACAGUAAUGUUAAAGAUACCAUCCGAAGGAAGCGUGCUCUCGUCUAUGGAGGACGGCAACGAGAAACGAUAAAAAUAAUUCCUGGAGCUUAUGAUCAUCACAGCCGUAAACGUAGUAUUACCGAUGAUGAAAUGCUUCUUCUACACUGUUGUCCACAAUACGAAUGCGUUUGCAAGCCCAAUUAUUGUGACCAGGAAUGUCCAGUAAACAAAAUACCUGCAAAUACAACCAAUCCCACCGAGCAAUUUGGAGUCCCUGGUAAUUGCUGCGUUCCCUGUAAAGAUAGCUAUUGCAUGCAUGAUGGUAAAUUUCGCAAACAUGGCGAAAAAUGGCUUGCUGACGAAUGCACAGAAUGUCUAUGUGAAUUCGGUAGAGCAAAAUGUCUACUAGCGAUGUGUAAGAUGCCAAACUGUCUAAAAUACAAACAAAUUCCUGGCGAGUGCUGUCCUGUUUGUGAUGACGAUGAAUCAAACUUUUGUAGAGAUGUCCGAUACUGUAACAUCAUUUGUAAAUACGGCUACCAACGACAGGCCAAUUGUGAUCUCUGCCAGUGUGCCAGGGCACCACCAAAUGGAACAACAGUGCCGUAUCCAGAAGUCAAAUCUACUACUGACACCUCUACCAACGAAAACAUCAUUCGGAAAGGUACUCAUCCAAGAAAUUCAUACGGUGGCAUAGAAAUUAAAUUUUGGAUUUCUUUACUGUCGUGUAUAGUUCUUCUGUCGUUUAUUAUAGUGUUAACUGUGCGGUAUUGUCAUUUUCGAAAAAGCGCCAAGUACAUUACUGUACAAAUAGCGUAGUAAUGUCAAUAUCGUAUAUAGAUUUACUGAGCACCGUAAAGAUAGCUGGUGAUGUAUGAAACUAUCAUUUGACAAACAUGUACACCGACCUUUAAACUAUUUGAACUAUUAUGUACGUUGUGUUUUACUACAAUUGUUAUCAUUAUAGCUAUUGUUAGUCAGAUAAUUCAAUAUUAAAAUUUUUAAACUUUUUAAAGUCUGAAUAGCAUGCAAUGUAAUGAAAGCGAAAGUCUUCCGUAAUUAACGAAAAGUACGUGACUCCGAAGCCUAACGGAGCAUCUAUACUUAAAAUCUAUUAUUACAUGAAAAUACACCCACGAUUAUUACAAAACAAAAGUUUUAGUUUGAAAACGUUGUGAUAAAUUGUAUAUAAAUUUUGUUUUCCGUGCAGUUACGAGGAUUUUAUUUUAUCAAUCGAAUUUUACCAAAUUUGGUAGAUAGUUGAGUUAGGCACUGCUAGUUUUAAUUGUAGAAUAUUGUCUUUGGCGUAAACAUAUUACGAUAAGGAUUACACUGUUCAUGUUAGACUGUUUUUGUGAAGAAAAAGAAUUUAUUUAACAUAGUUAAUUUCCUGAUGAACAAAUUUUGAACAAUUAGAGGCAUCCGUUGCUUUUGUUAUGAAAUUACCGCCGAUAGCCGUAUGUCAUUUUAAAAUAAUUAUUGUUUUCUUUAUUACGAUUAUUAUAGCCACGAAGUAGUGUACAUGAAAAUUGAAAGUAUUAUUUAUUUUAUAUUAUUGUUGAAAUUUUUUCUUAUUGGUUAAGAUAAUUAUACGAGAGAUCAAGACGGCUACGUACGAUGAUGAUAUGGUGAUACACAAUAUAAAGAAAAACGAAAAAAAUAUGCUUCCACAGAUUGAAUAUUCCUUGGCGAAUUCUGAAUAAACCACAACAUCCGUGUUGUCAUCAAAACAAUAGAAGAAUAUUGGUUCAGUUUUACAGCUGACCUACCCACAAAAUAGCAAAUAUCUCAUCGCAACAUCUUCUUUCUACAUUGUUCCAUCAAAAUUUAAGAUUGAAUCAAUAGUCUAUUUAAUCCGAAUACUAAUAUCUGUAAUAAUAGCUGAGUGUAAUUUUUAAUAUUAAGUGAGUGAUAAAUAAAUGAAAUAUCUCCUAUUCGCCUCGCUUAAAUUAUAAAUCAAAAGACUCUGAAAAUAACUGCGAAAAAUACUGUGCAAGUCUCUCAGAUAUGUAUGGAUAAUUAAACUGUUCUAGCAGCAUCAUUAAUAACAGAAAAAAAAAAAUCAAAUUAUUGUGAUGUAAAUGUUUUGAAUGAUUUUGUUCUCCAAAAUUCCUUUCUUGAUGAAAUUAAGUCUCGAUAUCGACAGUUCAAACAGGUGAAUAAAAAAAAUGUUAUAAUCCAUAUCAUAACGGGUUCUUUAUUUCACUAUCUAUAAAUGGUAUUCAAGCAAAAUGUUGGGAAUCAUCAUCAUUUAUAAAUAAUGGAAGCUCCCUGGAGUACCACAUUUGUUAUGCAACAGCAGUAUAUGUACAUUUGAAAAUACUUAUGGUAUGAUACGAUGGCUAUAUCAGUCAUGACAGGAUUUGAAAAGCUCAGCAAUAUCACGAAAAGGAACUUUGAGUUGUUAAUAAAAGAUUAAGAUAAAUGAUGUAA